AUGUCAUCAGAUCUUGUUCGUCUGCACUUAAAAAUCUCAAUAAAUUUUGCUAUUCUUCCUGAUGUUGAACCAGAUGAAAAUGCAAUAAAAAUAAAAGAUGUUCGAUCUUAUGUUAUUAAAUCAGAAGAAAAUGAAAAAUUGCAAGGUAGUAGUGCUUAUUAUCAUAAACAAGUUGAAGGUCAUUGGAUAGAUGGUACUGAUCAAUGGCCAAUAGCUAAUCCAAUGUCAUUAUAUCAAAAAUAUAAAUCUCGUCGUAACAGUUGGGGUAUUGGUGCUCUUGGCUCAGUUAUUGUUGAAAUUGAAUUAACUAAUGGAAUAAAUGGUGUUGGAAUCUCAAUUGGUGGUCAACCAGCUUGUUAUUUAAUUGAAUAUCAUUUUCGUCGUUUUCUUAUUGGAGAAGAUCCACUUAAUAUUGAAUAUAUAUGGGAUAUGAUGUGGCGUUCAUCAAUAAAUUAUGGUCGAAAAGGUUUAACUAUUCAAGCGAUAUCAGCUAUUGAUUUAGCACUUUGGGAUUGUGCGGGAAAAUUAAGAAAUGAACCUGUUUAUAAAUUACUUGGUGGAAAAACUAAAAAUAGUUUACCUUGUUAUGCAACAUGUUAUAAUCCAUUAGCAGCUAAAAAUUUAGGUUUUAAAGGUGCAAAAUUUCCUUUACCAUAUGGACCUGCUGAUGGUGAUCAUGGAUUAAUUAAAAAUAUUCAAAGAAUUAAAGAUAUACGUUUUUCUGUUGGAAAUGAUUUUCCUUUAAUGAUUGAUUGUUAUAUGUCAUUAACUGUUCCUUAUACAUUAAAAUUACUUGAACUUAUUCAACCAUAUAAUAUUAAAUGGUUAGAAGAAGCAUUACCACCUGAUCAAUAUAAUGGUUAUAGUCAAAUAAAAAAAGAAAAUCGUACAACAUGUUUAUUAACAUGUGGUGAACAUGAAUAUACACGAUGGGGAUUUAAAUUAUUAUUAGAUAAUUAUUGUGUUGAUAUUCUUCAACCAGAUGUAACAUGGGCUGGUGGAUUAACAGAAUGUCGUCGUAUAGUAGCUCUUGCAUCUGCAUAUGAUAUACCAAUUGUUCCACAUGGUUCAUCAAUUUAUUCAUAUCAUUUACAAUAUGCUUUUCCAAAUUUACCAAUGAGUGAAUUUUUAUUACUUUCACCUAAUGGUGAUUCAAUAUCACCUAUAUUUGGACAAUUAUUUCAUGAUGAACCAUUACCAAUUAAUGGAUGGAUUACAUUAGAUACAUAUAAAUCAGGAUUUGGUGUUACACUUAAUAAAACAAAUCUUUUUCGUCCUUAUUUUAAUCAAAAUCGAACUAAAUAA